UGCUUCUACUCAGCCAGUGCUCUCACUCUCACUCUCGCUGUCACACGCAGACCAGACACGCCAUAGCUGAGCUGAGUCACCUCGCUUGCCGAGGUUUCAGGCCUCGAGUUCUUCUUCCGGUUCUCUUUUCGCUUUCUUGGAGUUCUUGGUGUCCCCUUUGCACAUUUUGUUUGCUCUAGCUCGAUCCGUCCCGCCGUGCUCACGCUGUCAGGCGUAAGCUUGCUGGGGUCGCACGGAGAGGGGGGGUAGCAAGGGAGUUCGGUGGUGGUGGUGGUUGCCGGAGAUCGAGGAGAAGGUCGGCGUAUAUACAGGAGGUGGUGUCUGUUGCCGGCGGGGAGUGGAGGGGUGGGGGCCGGAUCAUGUCGAGCCGCCGUGGUGGUGGAAGGAUAACCGACGAGGAGAUCAACGAGCUCAUCUCCAAGCUGCAGGCCCUCCUGCCGGAGUCCUCCCGCAGCCGCGGCACGAGCCGGUCGUCGGCGUCGAAGCUGCUCAAGGAGACGUGCAGCUACAUCAAGAGCCUCCACCGGGAGGUCGACGACCUCUCCGACCGGCUGUCGGAGCUCAUGUCGACGAUGGACAACAACAGCCCCCAGGCCGAGAUCAUCCGGAGCCUCCUCCGAUGAUCCAUACAUAGCUGCAUGCAGGAACGACGAUUGAUCGAAGAGCUAGCUAGCGAUUGAGGAGGAAGAAGACAAGAUCUUUUUUUUUAAUCUAUCUUUGUUUCUUUCUUCGAUCUCCUGAAAAGUGUUUGUUUCUGAGGUAAAUCAUCCAUGGCCCUUCAUUGUUUAGGAGCAAAGGGCUAUCUUGUUUGGUAUGUGUACCAGGGCUAAAAGAGAUCGAUACAUGUGGAUUUCUAUUAGCUGCUAUGGCACUAGUAGAGGUGUAGUAGCUAGGUAUUUAGCUACUUAAUUAGCUUGUAGACGUACUGCUACUGUACUUAAGCUGCUUUGAUCAUAAGCUUCAGACGCAUCUAGAGGCGUUGUUUAUUUUGUUUUGCUGAUUGCUUGCAUUGCCUUUUGCCAUUGAUCCAAACGACAAUCUUAGCGAGUACGCACAAUCACUGUACAUAA